CUGUGGGCCUGGAGCUCUGAUGGGAGAUGGGGCAGUGGAGCAUGUGGAGGCAGGGCCGCGUCGCGGUGUUGGCGGCCAGGAAGGGGACUGGUCUUGCCGUUUGCCCUCGUCCUGUCCUGUCUGGAUUCUGAACUCCUGAAGGACUAGGCCUUGUACGUUAGAGAGCUCUCGGAUGCCUGGGUGGAGCCGGCUCUGGUGCCUGCGGUGGGGCUCAGCGGGAUCCCGACACGGAAACAGAUGGCAAUAUAUGUCCCUACAAAAUUCUUUUUUCCUCUCGAGGAGAUCUCUAUCUUGGGUUUCCCAGGCACACACUUUGGGAAAUCCUGUUGUGAUGUCUUAUGGAACAAAAGAGAAGAACAUUUCAAGAAAGAAUCUGCUUAUGUACAUGUGAGAGAAGUAAAAAUGUCAGAUGAUAUCAGGAAAAGGUUUGAAUUUCCAAAUUCUCUUAUCCAAUCACAGGCUGCAGGUCAUCUUAUUGCUGCAGUUCUAAAGGAAAAUGGUUUUUCAGAAAAGAUCCACCAGUCCACAAAUCAGACUCCUGCUUUGAACUUGCUGUGGGAGAAGUGUUGCAGUGAUAAUGUCGUGGUUCGAACAGCCUGCUGUGAGGGUCUGGUAGCCCUUGUCGCUCAGGAUCUUGCGGAGUUCAGCUAUGUUCUCAAUGGGAUUCUCAACCUGAUUCCAUCGACCAGGAAUACACACGGCUUGAUAAAAGCCAUUAUGAAAUUAUUACAAAUGCAAGCUCUUAAGGAAGGACAUGGUGGAGAGAAGAAUAUUAAGGAUAUAUAUAACAUUAGAAGCCAUCCUCAGCCUUUGAUCACUGUGCUUGAACACAGACCUGAUUGCUGGCCAGUACUUUUGCAACAGCUGACAACUUUUUUCCAGCAAUGCCCUGAAAGGUCAGAAGUUUCAUGUAUCCAAAUAAUGGCACCGUUUCUGUGGUAUCUGUAUUGUGAACCAUCCCAGUUACAAGAAUAUGCUAAACUCCGACUAGCUCUGCUCAAAGUCUUACUUCACCCCCGGGUUCUUUGUGACAAAGAACAACCAUCAAUAUUGGAACAACAGAUGCUACAACUGUGUUGCGACAUGGUUCCAUGUUUGCAGAUAAGAGAUUUGACACAGACAACAGAAGUGAUGCUGUUUAUUGAAGAAGUAUAUUUAAGCCUUUUGCGUCAUCCUGUUUUCUGGAAAAUUCAGCUUAUCCAGAUGACCCUUCAGCUGCUGUGUGUCUGUGAAGUCAGCUUAAACAUAACUGGGGAAUGCUCAUCUUUAAUUCACCUUUUAGAGCACAGUGUUGAACUUCUGAAGGAGGAUUUUCCUGUUGAACCAGUCAUAAUUGGAAUAGCUUUACUACUAUUACAGACUCCGGCAAGUCAGCAGAAGCCAAUCUUAAGUCUAGCUCUGAAGCUUCUCUCUUCUGCUGAGGGUCAGAAAAUCCCAAAGUCCUCCUUGCUGCUAGUGAUGCCAGUUCUGCAGAUAUUAUCUUCUACUGCCUUGAAAGACUGUAUAUCCCCAGAUGAAGAAGGACCAUCUAGGCAGCAGUUGGCUCUAAACCUUUUAGAAAUGGUACAGCAGGAGUGCUACAGAGAUGACCACCAAAAGCUCUCCUACAAGCUUGUGUUCCCCAUAACCAGCAUGUAUGGUUCAAUAUUUACAGCCUGGAGGAUCCUUGAAGUAAUGAGAGAAGAGUCUGCGACAAGUGACUGGUUAGCUUCCGUAGAGUCAUUGCUCCCUAUUACCACAGCGAUCCCUGCGCAUGUUUUUCUUCUGCUGGCUUACCUCCUUGUUGAAGAUAAAGGACGAAAUCUUCGUCAGAUACUGAAGGUCACUACAGAAUUUGCCCAGGCUGAUUCCUCUCAGGUACCAAAUCUGAUUCCAGUUUUGAUGUUCAAAUUAGGAAGACCACUGGAACCUGUGUUAUACAAUGAUAUCUUGUAUACUUUGCCUACACUUGGUGUUCACAAGGUGUGCAUAGGACAAAUUCUACGAGUAAUUCAACUUCUUGGAACCACUCCACAACUAAAAGCUGUCACUUUGCGCUUGUUGACUUCUUUGUGGGAAAAACAAGAUCGUGUCUAUCCUGAACUGCAGCGUUUCAUGGCCAUGUCCGAUGUGCCCUCUCUGUCUGUGGGCAAGGAGGUCCAAUGGGAGAAACUGAUAGCUAAAGCAGCAUCGAUCAGAGAUAUAUGUAAGCAGAGGCCAUAUCAGCAUGGUGCAGAUAUGUUGGCAGCUAUUUCCCAGAUGUUGAAUGAAUGCACUAAGCCUGACCAAGCUACUCCAGCAGCCUUGGUGUUACAAGGUCUUCAUGCACUCUGCCAGGCUGAGGUGGUUUGUAUUCGCUCCACUUGGAAUGCUCUCUCCCCAAAGCUGAGUUGUGACAUGAGACCUCUCAUUUUGAAGACCCUCAGUGAACUGUUUUCUCUGGUUCCUUCCUUAACAGUCAAUACAGCUGAAUAUGAGAAUUUUAAAGUUCAAGUCCUCAGCUUCCUCUGGAACCACACUCAAAACAAGGACCCAGUUGUAGCAAAUGCUGCAUAUAAAUCUCUGUCACACUUCGGUGCCAGGGAGCACACCAUUCUUCAUCUGCCUGAAAAGGUAAGACCAGAAAUCCAAAUUCCUGAUGACCUAGAUGAAGAUGAAGAUGAGGAGGUCGAUGAAAAGGAUGUGGAUCUUUCCAUUCCUGGUUCUUGCUAUCUCAAACUGUUGUCACUCACUGCUCCUUCCGUUUUACCAGCUUUGGAGGAAUUUUUUACAUCACUUGUGAAGCAAGAAAUGGUGAAUAUGCCCCGUGGGGUGUAUCACUCUGCACUAAAAGGAGGUGCCCGCUUAGAUCAAGGAAAGACUGUAGCAGGAAUCCCCAAUUUUAUGUUGAAAAUGUAUGAAACAAACAAGCAACCAGGUUUGAAACCUGGCCUUGCGGGUGGUAUGCUAUUUUGUUAUGAUAUUUCAAUGUAUCAGAGUAAAGAUGGCAAACCAUUGAAUAGACUGAUGGCCAAUAGAGGGCGAAGUUUCAAGCAGACUUCACUUGCUCUAGUGCAUGAGGUUCACAUCCAGCUUUCCGAGUGGCACCGUGCAAUUUUUCUCCCACAGGCCUGGCUCGCAUAUAUGACUCGUGCUUAUCAUGCCAUUUUACAGGGAAGGAUAGGAGAGCUGGAGUUGCAGUUAAAACAUGGAAAAGAAGGACCUGAGGAGGUGCAAUACAAAAAAAGCACAGCCUGGCUCUGGGUUCGAGACAUGUUGACUGAUGAGGUCACCAAAGCAGCUGCAAAAGACAGCCCAGUGGUCAAAGGCAACGCGCUGUUAGCCUUAAGCAGUCUUGCUGUCAUCGUUUCCAAACAUGAAGCCAGCCUCUCCUCAGACUCUGGGGGUGUCCUGGAGGUUCAACCUAAUUUCCUUUCAAUGAAAGCGUGGGUUUCCAUGGUGUUUGAUACUCUUCUGGUCAUUGUCGAUAGCCAUUACCAACCCAGAGGACAACUUUUCUCCUGGUUUUAUUAUAAAUCCUAUUCUGGUGAAAACACAGCUAGUGCCAUAGCACGUUCUGCGGCCGCCACGGCUUUGUCUCUCCUUGUGCCAGUUUUCAUUAUCUCUUGCAAAGAGAAGGUUGAGGAAAUCCUGAACAUGCUGACUGCCAGGUUACCUGGGAAACCAAGUGCUGAUGAGUCUCAAGCCGUGCAAAUCCACAUGGGCCUUGCUUUGGGGAUGUUUCUCUCUCGCUUGUGUGAGGAGAAACUCAGUGAUAUAUCUGGCCAACAGAUGAACCUUCUUCUGAUGAAGUCUUUGGAUGCCCUGGAAAAUUGCUGCUUUGACACUAGUCUUGAAUACAACACGGGCUGUAUACUGGGAGUUGGACUUGUCCUGUCCCUCAUGAGCCACAGCAGCCGAACGGAGUCGCGAGUUCACGUGGCAGCCUCGCUUCGGAAGCUCUCCGUGUACCUAGAUGACAGCGGGGGCCAGAGCAGAACCUUUCAGGAGGUCCUUGCCUAUACCCUCAGCUGUGUAUGUACAUCCGCAUUCAGUGCUGGAAUUAUUGAGGCUGUGGAGGCUGAAGAUAUUAUGAAUAAGCUUCGACUGUUAGUGGAGAACAACCAGCAGACUUCAGGUUUUGCCCUGGCAUUAGGAAACAUAGUUCAUGGUUUGUCUGUGUGUGGACAUGGAAAAGCUGAAGACUUGGGCAACAAACUGCUCCCUGCCUGGAUCAGAAUUGUUCUAACAGAGGGCACCUCCACAAUGCUUUGUUUGGCAGCUCUUCAUGGCAUGGUGGCCUUGGUAGGCUCUGAAGGGGAUGUAAUGCAGCUGAAGUCAGAAGCCAUCCAGUCCUCUCAUUUUCAAGGCAGACUUAAUGAAGUCAUUAGAACUUUAACUCAGGUCAUCAGUGUGUCUGGGGUGAUUGGUCUUCAGUCAAAUGCAAUCUGGCUUCUAGGACAUCUUCAUCUGUCUACUCUGUCCUCAAAUCAAAGUAGAACCUCGGUUCCUACUGACUAUAGCUAUUUGCCUGAAAGCAGUUUUAUUAGAGCAGCCAUUGGCUUCUUCAUUACAGGAGGAAAAAAAGGUCCUGAAUCUGUGCCUCCUUCCCUUCUCAAAGUUGUGAUGAAACCCAUAGCAACUGUUGGAGAAAGCUACCAGUAUCCUCCUGUGAACUGGGCUGCACUCCUCUCUCCACUUAUGAGGCUAAACUUUGGUGAAGAGAUUCAGCAACUGUGUCUUGAAAUUAUGGUGACCCAGGCUCAGUCAUCCCAGAAUGUAGCUGCACUGUUGGGAAUAUGGGUGAUGCCGCCACUGAUCCAUGGUCUGAGUCUAAAUAUCAAGAAAUACCUCCUGUUAUCUGUGCCUUCGUGGAUAAAACACAUCUCUGAUGAACAGAUCGUGGGUUUCGUUGAAAGCUUAAUGGUGCCAGUUUUUAAAGCAGCUUCCCCACUCUCCAAACCUGAGUUAUGCCCGAGUGCCUUACAGGGUCUGAGCCAGGCCAUGAAACAGCCCAGCCCUGCCUACCACCUCUGGAGUCUGCUCAGCAAAGCUACUGGGAAAAUUUUUGACCUUCUGCCAAAUAAGAUUCGGAGAAAUGACCUAGAGCUGUAUAUCAGUGUAGCAAAAUGCCUCUCGGAAAUGACAGACGAUGAAGCCAAUCGGGUUGCCCAGAUUACUGAGAACAGCCUAGAAAAGGCUGCCUUUGUUAGACUAUACUUGGUCUCUCAAGGACGGUUCCCCUUGAUGGGCUUGACUGAUGUGCUCAGUGUUGCUAUUCGGCACCAUGAAAAAGACACACUGGCCUGGAUGAUACUGCACAGCUUAUACCAGGCACGGAUUGUGAGCCACGCCAACACCGGCGUGUUGAAGAGAAUGGAGUGGCUCUUGGAACUGAUGGGUUAUAUCAGAAAUGUUGCUUACCAGUCAGCGUCUGUUCAGAACGUGGCUCUUAACGAGGCUUUGGAUUUCUUGUUGCUGAUAUUUGCAACAGCAGUGGUUGCAUGGGCAGACCACACUGCCCCUCUGCUCCUUGGCCUCAGUGCCAGUUGGUUGCCAUGGCAUCAGGAAAAUGGUCCAGCUGGGCCAGCAUCAAGGUUCCUUGGCAGGAGUCCCUUGCACAGGGUCACUGUGCAGGAGGCUGUCACUCUCCUUCCCAGUAGCAUGCCUCUUCUGCUGCAGAAAGAGCCAUGGAAGGAACAGACCCAGAAGUUCAUUGACUGGCUAUUCAGCAUCAUGGAAAGCCCUAAAGAAGGCCUCUCAGCAAAGUCCAAGGAUCUUUUAAAAGCCACCCUGCUGUCCUUGAGAGUUCUCCCAGAGUUUAAGAAGAAAGCUGUAUGGACCAGAGCGUAUGGUUGGUGAACAGUUUUGAAGUAGCCAGCAGCAUUCUCAGCUGGAUGAGGAAAACCAUACAGACAGAAGGAAUUUUUCAGAAUUCGUGUCUGGGCUUACUGAGACGAUGCAGAGAGCUGAAGGUCAUGAAAGGGUGGCCACACAACUGACAGCUUGAACCGUGAAUGCCAGGACAGGGGCCACUGCUUCAGUACCCAGGCCAUUUGAUACUGAAACAAGAACUUGGAUUUUUCUUUUAUUUGGCUAGAGUUCAAUCUAAAGAUUUUUUUGUGAAAAUCUAAUUAUAUCAUUCUCCUCCCCACUAAAUUCUAGUACAAUAAUCCUGUGAA